AUGUCACUAAUCUUUCCGGAUGGUACGUUCGACUUCGAAUUCAACCGCAUCCUAGCGCAUGCUAGGUAUCGUGGAAGCGAUUUCCGUGAAGUUCUCAGCCUGGUCCCCAAGAUAAAACCAGGCGACUUUGACAGCUGGCACACGGCAUUCGUCGAGUUAGCCCAACGUGCAGAAGCCUCUGCCGGGGCCGAGCCUCAAGGCUCACAUGAAUACUCCAGACGAGUCUCUUACGCCGAUCGUCUAUUUGCAGCCUCCACGUAUUAUCGUGCGGCAGAUUUUUUCCUUCAUGGAAACCCGGAUGACCCGCGUAUUAACACAUUGUGGGACAAGCAGGCAGCUUGCUUCGACACUGCGCUGAAGCAUUUCGGAAAUGGGACGAGGCAUCUCCUCAAGGCGGAUUCAUUCUCGGUUCCAAUCAUCUAUUUCAAGGCACCAGUUGGUGUGGGCCCGACUGGCCCGAAAAAGACGAUUUUAAUUGGAAAUGGGUUUGACGGAGCAAUGGAGGAGAUGUUGCAUGUCAAUGGUAUCGCUGGCCUGGAACGUGGUUACAAUGUGAUAUUAUUCGAGGGACCGGGCCAAUGCACAGUCCGGCGUGAGCAGAAGAAGGGAUUUAUUCAUGAUUGGGAGCGUGUAGUGACACCCGUUGUUGACUUUGCAUUGACACUAGAAGAGGUGGACAAGGAGAAGAUUGUUUUAUUUGGCUAUAGCAUGUCUGGACAGCUGGCCGUCCGCGCCGCGGCUUAUGAGCACCGACUCGCUGCAACUGUGGCCAUUGAUGGUGUCUUUGAUGUUGGGAGCGCAUUUAAAGCACCUGAAGAACUGCUGAAGCUGUACAGUUCAGGAGAGGAAGAAAAAUUCAUCCAAGAAUUUGGGACAUGGAUGUUUGAUCCAUCUACUCCAACCCCGUCACGUUGGAUAUAUCAACAUGGUCUGUGGGCGUUCAAUGUUGCAACACCAGUUGAAUUAUUCGACAAGCUCAAAGCGUUCACCCUAGAGGAUUCGAUUGACAAUGUGCGCUGCCCUGUAUACGUGGGAGAUGCCCAGGAGGAUAUCUUUUUCCAGGGACAACCAGAGAUAAUGGCUGAACGCUUGGGAGACAAGGCUAAUCUUCGUCUGUUCACAACUGUCGAAGGAGCUGGAAUGCAUUGUCAAGUCGGUGCUGCGUCGCUCUUGAAUGCGGACGUGUUUGAUUGGUUAGAGAGGACAUUUCAGGGCUAG